CCCCUCUUUGACCAAAAUCUUCUCAAUCAGUUUCCCUUCUCCAAAACCAGCGGCAAUGGAAGAUCACAAGGAUCCUAUGCCCUUCCAGAUCUUCGCCAAGUUUCUGGACGGAAAAACAAAAGUCUUGAAUUUCAAAACCCCAAGCUCAUGUACCGCCCAAGCAAUCAAGCAACAAAUCUUCCAAGUCACUCAAAUCCCUAUUCACUAUCAACGCUUGGUGUGCAGAGGGUUCCAAUUAAACGACGAUGCAAUCAUCACUACCCCCGAAUCCACCGUCUAUCUCCUCCUCCGUCUCCUCGGUGGCAAAGGCGGUUUCGGGUCACUUCUCCGUGGGGCCGCUACGAAAGCGGGCCAAAAGAAGACGAAUAAUUUUGACGCGUGUCGGGAUAUGAGUGGAAGGAGGUUAAGGCAUGUGAAUGCGGAGAAGAGGUUGGAGGAGUGGAGGGCGGAGGAAGAGGAUAGGCGGAUGGAGAAGAUGGCGGAGGAGUUUAUUAAGAAGAAGGCUAAGAAAGGGAAGAAAGGGGUUGGAGAUGGUGAGGCGGAGAAGUAUGUGGCAAAGUAUAGGGAGGACUCUGCGAAAUGUGCUGCAGUAGUUGAGGAGGCUGUGAGGGAGGUUCUUGGGAAUGGGAAUGGGUUUAGGAAGAGAAAGGGGAAGGGGAAGGGGGUUGUGGAAGGCGCAGAAGCCAAGAAAUUAAAGAUUUGGAUGGGCAAGAGAAAAGUGGAUGAAAGUGACAGUGAAGGAAUGGACGAAGAUAGCAGUGAUGAGGAAAAUGAGAAAUCUGUUGUUUUAAAUAAUGGGAGUCAUUCAGAUUCAAAUAAAGAAGUUGAGGGAAGUUCAGACUCGGUUACUGGAAAUCGAGAUGGAGAAUGUUCUGGUGGUGCCUCAUGCAGCUCUGAGGAAGAAAAGGAGGCUUCUUCAGAGCGAAGCUUGAAAUCUAAUCCCUGUGGAGAAGUUGCCUUGAACAAAGAGGAUGAAUUGGUUGAAGCACAGAUUCUUGAGGAAACAGUAGCACAGAAUGCCAAUGUAGCUUGCUUGAAGACAGAAGAGAUUUCUGAAACUGAAGCACUUGAGGCUGAAAGGAAGGAGAAUGUUGGACCUGAUUCUCAAUGUCCAGAUGCUUCAAGUUCUGGAAAUGGUGGAAUUAUUGAAAGCGGACUGGUUAUUCCUGAAGCCAAUGGUUUCUCUCAAUCAAAACCUGAGUCAAAUGAAUUAGUUAACGAAGGCAAUGGAGAUAUGGAGAAACCACUAAUUUUUGAUGAAUUCAAUUCAGCAUCAGAGUUGGAGGUACUUGGCAUGGAAAGGCUGAAGACUGAGCUGCAGGUCCGUGGGCUUAAAUGUGGAGGUACUUUGCAGGAACGCGCUGCACGGCUUUUCCUCUUGAAAUCUACCCCUUUGGAGAAGCUUCCCAAAAAACUACUUGCUAAGAAAUGAGCCUCCUUGUAUUGAUUCAUCUGACAUGGUAGUGUUUUGAAAUUCGUACUUUUUUACUUGUUAUAUUAUUACUUGUUUGGCACAACUUAAAUGGUUGGAGGUUGCUUGUUGAAGAACGACAUGUGUUCUUGGUUAUUCUUAGCGUUCAUAUUCAAAUGCAUGCUGAAAUUGCCAUGUAGCGUAUUCAUAUGUGCUAUUGAAUGCUGGAGUCGAGUUUUAA